CCUUCACUCUACUCUUUUCAGUGCCAGCUCAAAACGUUCUUGUUUAGACAAGUCUGCUCAGAUGCUUAGAAAGCUGCUGUGAAUUUUAACCUGCUGUAGUAUUUUUACUUUUUGUAUGUUUUAAAUUAUUGUUGUAAAUGUUACUUAAUAAUAUUAUUGUUUUAUCUUUUUGUAAACUGCUUUUUUCUACAGCCAAAUCUUGUGGGAAAGGGGCUUACAAAUAAAUGGGUGUCGAUGAUGAAGAUAACGAUGCUGAUUGUGUGUCAUAGUAAUUAGGACCAUUCCCUCUAAUGCUGAACUUAACAUACAUUAUGCAGUGAUUCCUUACUUGUAUACGGGUGUUCUUUGGAAGUGUGUUUUUGCCUUUUGCUCUGACUAGCAGCUGAUGUGCUUUCUCUUGCUGUAUGAACUUCCUAGAACCUACUGAGUGCUAUUCCUAAUGCAUCUUGAAUCUCCUGCUUGUAUCACACAGUUCCUGCCGCAGAGGUCUCAUUCUGCCAACCCUGACUGUAUGACGCCCCAUGGGACUAUCUUGGGGCACCAGACCUUGGAUUUUGACGAGUUCAUCCCUCCAAUUCCCCCACCUUACUACCCACCCGAGUACACAUGCACUCCUGUGAUAGAAGCACAAAGAGGGCUCCACCUGGACUUUCCUCACUCACCCUUUGGCGCUUUGUACGAGGUUGCCAUCAACAGCCCUGGAAUGCUCUAUCCAUCUGAGCUCCCCCCCUAUGAAGCAGUUAUUGGACAAAGCCCAGCCAAUCAGGUCACCGCUGUGGACCAGCAAGUCACAGAGCCCAGUCUGGGUGAGAGAAACACCACAGCAGGCUUCAGCAGCCAAGGUGAUCUAUGCACUGCUCAUUCACUGGCACAUUCACUCGUGCCCACUUUGAUGCCUGUGCUUGUGACCACAGGCCACCUUGGCUGAGACUCCGGGAAGACCUGCUCCCUGCCUUGCAGGGCUUUUCCACCUGGUCUGGGGAAGGCGGGCCCAGACUGACUCCAGCUGCAAAAGCUGAGGCUGCUGAGCAGACACCUGGGCUGGGGUGUUGUCAAUAUUAAUUUUUUGUAUCUUUAUUUUUAGAUCUUAUUGUGAUUUAUGUGGCCAUUGUUCAAUUUGGCUGUGUACUUUCUGAAGUGUUUUAUUUAUUGUUUAUGACUAUUUUUGUAAUGUUUUGUAAUUAUGUAAAUCUUUU